AUGCCCAAAGGAAAGUGGAUCGACAAAAAGAGUGCCCAGCACUUUACGCUGGUGCAUCGCCCGCAAAAUGAUCCCCUCAUCUACGACGAGAAUGCGCCGUCGAUGGUUCUGAACCCAACCGAAGGCAGCAAAAAUGGAGGCCAGGGAAAGAACCUCGGCGACUUGGCUUCUGAGCUUGGUUCCGACGCCGAACAUAUUCGCGCCAACGAGGGCGAGGCAGCCAACUACGGUGUCUACUAUGACGAUUCCGAGUACGAUUAUAUGCAACAUUUGCGCGAUCUAAACACUGGCGUGGGCGAUGUCGUCUUUGUUGAGGCCAAGACAACGGGGAAUGCUGGCAAGGGCAAACAGAAACAGUCUCUCGAAGAUGCGCUGAAACAAAUGGACUUGGAGCACAAGGCAGGAGAUGUCCUGGACCCAGAUAUGCUGCCAUCGAAAGAUCUCCCACGCAUGUCCUAUGAGCAACAGCAGGACGUCCCAGACGCCAUUGCCGGAUUCCAACCAGAUAUGGACCCUAGAUUGCGAGAAGUCCUUGAGGCUCUGGAGGAUGACGCUUUCAUCGACGACGAGGAUGACGAUAUAUUCGACCAGCUAGCCAAGGAUGGGUAUGAGGUUGACGAAUACGAGUUUGAGGAUAAUCAAUUUGACGACGACGAUGGGUGGGAGUCUGACGAUACCGCAAAGCCAAACAAGGAAUACAAGGACGAUGAAGUGCCACAGUUGGUAGCGGUCCAGGAACAACCCGACCAAGGCCCCUCACAAGAUUGGCUGGCGGAUUUCCAAAAAUUCAAAAAGGAGCAAAAAACAGGCGGUCCUCUCAAAGCCGUAGGCGCCCCCGCUCAGUCCGAGCUGCAGUCCAACUGGACCACAACCACAAACGGAGGCCGCAAGAAGAAGAGAAAGGGCGCGCUCACCGUUGCUUCGGGUUUCUCCAUGACAUCUUCUUCGCUGGUGCGCACAGAGCAGCUCUCCUUCCUCGAUGCGCGUUUCGACAAGCUUGAAGAAAAGUACAACGAGGAAUUUGACGACACGGCCUCCGUGUCCGCCAUCUCCACGGCUUCGAGUGUCACAGGCCCCGUCCGCGGCGACUUUGACAACAUUAUGGACGAGUUUUUGGGUAAUUACGGUGGCAAGCCAGGCAAGAGGACACACAAGAAAGCCAAGGCGCAGACUGGUCUGGAGCAGCUGGAUGAGAUCCGCAGAGAGCUAGGCCCUGCACGAAUAAAGGGACGGCGGUAA